AUGGAGAAACGUCAAGUACAAGAUGGAGAUAGGAUCAAUGCUUCACCGGAUGCACUUUGUUGUCACAUACUUUCCUUUCUACCAACAAUCGAUGCGGUCAGGACUACUGUUUUGUCUCCCAGAUGGAAGAACUUAUGGACUUCUGUUCCCAAUAUAGAGAUUCAAGAUGAUGAUGCUUCUAGCAAUAUUGCAUUUUCUAGAUUCAGGUUCUCUCUUAUUUCUCGUUGGGUUGAGACUGCCGUCAGGCAUACGGUCGUUGAACUUGAACUCUCUCUUCCGUCAGAUCCUUCUGACAGCCGGAUAUUUGAGUUGCCUCAAUGCCUUCUCAUGUGCAAGACACUGGGUGUUUUCCCUGCUCUCAAGUCCCUGAAUGUUUCAUUUGAUUCUGUUAAUGCUUCCUCAAUACAAAAUAUCUUUUCUCACUUCCCUCUGCUUGAAGAUUUGACUUUAAGAGCUCUUUUCCGACUCAAUGAGCUGACUGAAGAUUUUAAUGUCAACAUCUUUUCACCUAAUUUGAAGAGGGAUUUUUUUUCUCCUUCUUUCCUUUCUCCGGCAGCUAGCUCGGAGCGACCUCCUGUUCCUGCCAGCAUUGAACCCCUUCUUGCUCUCCUUGAGCGCCGUGACCUUCUUGUCCUUGCUGGUGAGCACGUUAGGUGUGACGACCUCCUUUCACCAGUUUGGAACUUCCCCGGAGCCGUGACAUACCCGACCCGGCUUCUCCUCCACGUCCACCUAUACCCGGAAUCGCGACACCACGUUCCGGCGAUCUACUGUCUCACUUGCACCUCGCCAGACUCCGCUGCACCUCGCCGCCGUCGAUCCUCUUCCUCGACCCGAAGUAGUCUCUCCGCUCCUCGCCGCUCCUCGCCGCUGCUUGCCAACGUCUUCAGUCGCCGCUCCUCGCCGAAGCGUUUCCCAGAUCGGUAA